UUUUUUCUCCUUUCUUUACAGGUUGCUACACAAGAACUUUCGCCACCAAAUGAGUUUGCUCCCCACGUAACGGCGACAUGCAAAUCCGGCACAAUGAAUAUCAAAGUGAAAUUCAACGGUCCCUACACGGGUGCAGUGCAUGCGCGCGAUCAUCGAAAUGCUGCCUGCAUGGCCAUGGGUGACGGCUCCGAAGCGGUCGGCUUCAGCAUAAAUCUGUUGGCGAAGCAGGGUGCGCCCGAUUAUUGUGGCGUGCUGGUCAGCAACGUGAGUGGUGCCAAUCGUACAGAGGAACGUUCGAUACAGUUGGCGGUACGAGUACAUAAAACACUGGAAUUGGCGGAUGAUAAGUUUUAUGUUAUUACAUGUGGAAAAUCCGGGUUUGGACGCGAUGACAAUGCGCAUGUCAUCUUGAAGUUCUUGGAGAAUGAUCGUCGUGUACGUGAAACGGUUUAUGGCCAUGAGUAUAAAAUCCGCGCAGAAUUAACGAAGCCAAAUGGUACUUAUGGCAUAAGAGUCGCAAACUGUUUCGCUUUUGACAAGAAGAAUAUCAGUAUACCGCUAAUUGAUGACAGAGGCUGUCCCGUGGAUGAUGCUAUUAUUUCUCGUUUUGUGCCAACCCCUGAUGGGCACAGCGCUGAAGCGACACUUAAUUCGAUGUUCAAAUUUCCAGAAGGUAAGGCAAUAAACACAAAUUGUUUCUUUAAUAAAGAGAGUUUUAAAAUAAAAAUUAUCACAC